AUUUCCCAAAUACGUAUAUAAAACAUAUCCCGCCGUCUCACGCUCUCUCCCUCUCUUUCUAGUCUCGAAUAUCACUACAAAUCAGCUAUCUCCGUACCCCAACCCUAAUCGACUUUAAUCCUACCAGCCAUGGCUGAAAGACCAGGAGGUGAACGCGGCGGCUUCCGCAGAGGAUUUGGUGGCGGAAGAGGCGACCGUGGCGGAAGAGGAGACCGUGGUGGAAGAGGCCGCCGCCGUGGCCGUCGUGAUGAGGAGGAGAAGUGGGUCCCUGUGACUAAGCUUGGCCGUCUGGUCAGGGAAGGAAAGAUCCGCAGCUUGGAGCAAAUCUACCUCCACUCGCUCCCGAUCAAGGAGCAUCAAAUUGUUGAUACUCUGGUAGGUCCUUCUCUCAAGGACGAGGUCAUGAAGAUCAUGCCUGUCCAGAAGCAGACUAGGGCUGGGCAGAGGACCAGAUUCAAGGCCUUUGUUGUUGUUGGAGACGGCAACGGGCAUGUGGGGCUCGGGGUUAAGUGCUCCAAGGAGGUGGCGACUGCUAUCAGAGGCGCUAUUAUUCUAGCCAAGCUUUCGGUUAUUCCUGUAAGGAGAGGGUACUGGGGUAACAAGAUCGGGAAACCUCACACUGUACCCUGCAAGGUUACUGGGAAGUGUGGGUCGGUCACUGUCAGGAUGGUGCCUGCCCCUCGUGGUGCCGGGAUUGUCGCUGCUAGAGUGCCAAAGAAGGUGUUGCAAUUUGCUGGGAUAGAUGAUGUCUUCACCUCUUCAAGAGGGUCUACCAAGACUCUUGGAAACUUCGUCAAGGCCACUUUUGAAUGUCUUCUGAAAACAUAUGGUUUCUUGACACCUGAUUUCUGGAGGGAAACUCGCUUCACCAAGUCUCCUUUCCAGGAAUAUACCGAUCUCUUGGGAAGGCCUACAAAACCCCUCCUUCUUGAUGAGGUUGAGAAAGUCGAGCCAUAAGAGAGAUUGGGAGUUGCCUUUUUUUAAUUAAGAUGUCUUUAGUUUUGCAAGAGUAGCCCCUUAGAGUUUCGCUCUAAGUUCAGACAAUAAGUACUAUUUUUUGUUUUUGUUCUCUCUAUUUCAGGAGUUUUUUGACAUUGGUAUUUUGUUUAUCACCUAUCCUUGUUUAAUUUUUGUGCACUGGUGUCGUUUAUUCUUAUGGUUGGUGUUAGAUGACGUGUACUUUGGCAAA